AGGGUCCCUUCGUAUUCGGAUCCUUCUGACCCUGUCAUCAUCGACGCAUUGACCCCGCAACGGGCACACGUUCUCCAGCCACCCCGCGCUGCACCCCGCGUGCCCAUCACUCGGGUCUCCACCCCGCAUCGCGCCAUCCUCGCAGCAUCGGAGAAUCACAUUCCCGCGCCGAGCAGGGGCAGCACACGGCACCAUGAUCAGCGGACUGGUUCCCGUUUCGUAUAAAGACGCGUGGGCGUACGCGAGCGCCAAGCUUGAGGACCUCGCGCAGACUAGGAUGCGCUCAGUGCUGUUUACCGGAACGCUCUCGCUGUGCGGCGCGGCGCUCGCCCAGGCCUCUGUGGGCUCGUAUGUCGCGAGCGAGGGGCCCAUCGCCAAGGCGGGGUUGCUGGCGAAUAUCGGUCCUAGUGGGGCCAAGUCGUCUGGCGCAUCGGCUGGUGUGGUCAUAGCCAGCCCCAACACGGUGAACCCGAACUACCUGUAUACCUGGGUGCGCGACUCGUCACUGGUGUUCAAGGUCCUCGUCGACCAAUUCACGACUGGGCAAGACACCACGCUGCUGGGCCAGAUCAACAACUUCAUUGCGGCGGAGAGCGCGCUGCAGCAGGUCUCCAACCCGAGCGGAACUGUGUCCACUGGUGGGCUGGCGGAACCCAAGUUCAACAUCGACUUGACUGCGUUCACUGGUCCAUGGGGACGGCCUCAGCGCGAUGGACCCGCGCUCCGCUCGACGACGAUGAUCACGUAUGCCAACUGGCUGGCGAAGAACACCAGCACGUCCAACGUCCUCAAUAAACUGUGGCCUGCCAUCAAGCUUGAUUUGGAUUACGUCGUGAACAACUGGAACCAGACAGGCUUCGACCUCUGGGAGGAAGUGGACUCGUCCUCGUUCUGGACGACCGCGACCCAGCACCGCUCGCUGCGUCAAGGGGCUGCGCUCGCGACCAAGCUCGGGCAGAAUGCGACGGCGUACGUGACGCAAGCGGAUAACCUGCUGUGCUUCCUGCAGAGCUACUGGAACCCGAGCGGUGGGUAUAUGACUGCCAACACGGGUGGUGGGCGCUCAGGGAUCGAUGCGAACACGCCGCUCACGAGCAUCCACACGUUUGAUCCCGCUGCGGGAUGUGACGCGAAGACGUUCCAGCCAUGCUCGGACAAGGCACUGUCGAAUCUGAAGGUCUAUGUGGACUCCUUCCGGUCUAUUUACGGCGUCAAUAGCGGUAUCGCGUCGAAUGCCGCAGUUGCGGUGGGUCGGUACCCUGAAGACGUCUACCAGGGAGGAAACCCGUGGUAUCUUGCCGUCGCUGCUGUUGCUGAGCAGCUGUACGAUGCACUCUUUGUUUGGAAGCAGCAAGGAUCGUUGCAAGUCACCUCGAUAUCGCUGGCUUUCUUCCGCCAGUUCGAGUCAUCCGUGACCGCAGGGACCUACUCCUCGUCUUCCUCGACGUUCAAAACGCUGACGGCUGCGAUCAAGACCUUUGCGGAUGGUUUCAUUGCUAUCCACGCCAAGUACACACCUUCGAAUGGAGGCCUCGCUGAGCAAUUCGACCGGAAGACAGGGGCACCAUUGAGUGCUCUGGACCUCACGUGGAGCUAUGCUGCCGCCUUGACCGCGUUUUCUGCCUACAACGGUGUUGCUCCCGUGAGCUGGGGAGCGGCGGGACUCUCUGUCCCCUCCACGUGCCAUACUGGGCCGCAGGGUCCCACGGCCACUGUGACAUUCAAUGUCGUUGCCACGACUGUCUUCGGAGAGAACAUCUACUUGACUGGUUCGGUUGGAGCGCUGAUGAAUUGGACGCCGACGAGUGCGCUGUUGAUGUCUUCUGCGAAUUAUCCCACCUGGAGCAUCACGGUGAAGGUGCCGGCCUCGACGGCGAUCGAGUACAAGUACAUCCGCAUCAACAACGGCGCCGUCACGUGGGAAUCCGACCCCAACAACCAGUUCACGUCGCCUGGUGAUGGGCAGUCGACGACCUUGAAUGACUCUUGGCGAUGAAAUCGCUUUCGCACUGCAAUAAAAAUAACUUGAUGUCCUUCAAAUUGUAUUCGUAAUUUUUCGCUGUGUGUUCCGUAAAGCCCGAUAUGUCUAGUCAAGGAACGAAAGAUUAUCCGCGUGGUCCUUCUAGAUGCGAAGAGAAGACUCGCUUGGUUUUCGCUCGAUUUCAU